UGCGACAUUAUAAAAUUUGCGACACUAUUCAACCACACCGCUAUCGGUACGGGUCAACUGCGACCAAGUACCCUUGGUCGUUAAUUAAUGGUUCAUAUAUCCUAUUGUAAACAAAUCUAUGAAAUGUCAACAAAGUUAUCAGUUUGAAAUGGAUUGUUUUUAGAGAUGAUAUCAAAAGAGAAUGAAGCACGGCAAAAGUCUAAGUACAACAAUGUUGAAGAAAACGAAGAAGAAGAAGAACUUGAUCCAAGAAUUAAGUGUGAACUUGAAAGAUUAAAUGCUGCUACAGAUGGAAUAAAUCAUCUAGAAACAGAAUUUGGAGAAGCACAGGCACUUUUUCAACAAUUAAUGCAAGAUGCUGCGUUUAAUUUAAAAGUGAUGCAUCAAAAGCUUGGAAAGGCAGUUGACAAAUCUAGACCUUAUUAUGAAGCAUUAAAAUGCGCAAAAAUUAGUCACAGUGAACUUCAUGAAGCUGCUUUAAAAUUCGAGCAAGCACAAACACGCCAUUUUAAUGCAAAAAAACUUGUUACUGAUACAGAAAGAAUUGUCUUUUCCUCCACAGAUCGUAAAUUAGAUCCUGCGCUUCAAGAAAUGCUCAAUCAAGCUACAGUAGAGGUAAUGGAAGCUGCUACCCAAUCGCAAAAAGCUUGGGAAGUUCAUCGGAAUGCAAGUGUUGAGUUUGAGAAAAAAAACAAAGUUGCUCUGGAUCUUUAUGAUUCUUUAAAAAAGCACAUUGUUAAGUCAAGACCUUACUUUGACUUGAAAUCAAGUUUCAACCAGCAGUUAGAUCUCCAGAAGACACGCCUUGAAAAGGUACAAGAAGGUCUUCAGGUCUCUAAAAAUGAAUAUGCAAAAAUUCUCCAUAAUCUUGAACUGAUAAGUGACGAUAUUCAUCAAUCGCGUGAAAUGAAACGAAAAGUUUGUUCAGAAAUGCGAGGAGAAGGGGUAGGAUCUGAAUCACAAUCUAACAACAAUGUUUUAGUUUAUAAAGACGUUGAAAAACAAGAGGAAAAAAACAAUUCUAAUUUAUAUUUAAAUCAACGUGAUGAUAAUAUCGGAGACAAAGAAAAUUUAGACAAAAACCUUUCUCAGGUUAGCGGUCAGACUGAAUUAGUAAAUUUAGGUGAAAGCCUUUCUCAAUCUAGCGAUUUAUUUUUAAAUCAAAAUGAUGAAAAUAUUGGAUGCAAUGAAAAUUUAGGCGAAAGCCUUUCUCAGGUUAGUGGUCCGACUGAAUUAGUAAAAAUUAGGAAACAAGUCCAGUCUUUAUUGGAAACAUCAGCAGAACAAAAAUCUAAAAACCGACUUUCUCAAACAGAGCGUUUAAUCAAUGUUAACAAAACUUUAAUUGAAAACUGUUUUGAUAAAUCAUACGAUGUUAUAACUUCUCAUAGCAUCCCAUUUUCUCAUCCCCAAGAAGAAUUUGUAGACAGUUCGAUCAAUGAAUAUCAUAAUAUUUCCAAAUUUUUAAAAAAAUCGUUCAUCUUACCUGAGUUUGAAAUAAUUCCGCGACGCCAUACAAUAUCUGGGGAGAAAGACUCCUUUCAGUUGUUAAAUCACAAUAAAAAAUUGUUUUGCAAAUCCAGUUCAGCCCUUAUUUAAUGGUUAACUUUUUUAGUCUAUUGUCUGAUAUUCUAAAGUUGAUGUUUUUUUAAUAUAUGUACGAUAUAGUUUCAGUUUUUUUUAAACAAAAUAUGAACAAUUCUAUAAAAGUAGAAGACAAAUUUUCAGAAGAUUUUUGAAGACAAAAAUUAUUUUUUAUACUUAUGCUAUGACAGAAACUUUAUAUUUUUUAAAUCUGAUUUUGAUUUCGAUCUUGGAAUUUAAACUCAGCACAUUUUUUUAGACUUAUUAUAAUUGUAUUUUAUUAUACAAAAAUUUUAAUAUACAUAAUAUUGUAUUGUAUAUAGAUUAGCAAUUUUUAUAAUUAUUUUUCACAAACAUUCUUUCUUAUUUACACUCUUUCUAUU